UACCUAUGUCCUUUUUUUGAGAUAAAACCAUGAAAUUAGUCCAAACCACCCAUAAGGGAUCAUUUCCGUGACUCCGUGAUCGCCGGGUCAAGCCGCCACUUCUCCGUCGUCAAAUCUAUUGGUAUACGACCGAAGCACCAAUGGAAGGAGUUUCAAAGUUAUUCAGGACGUCCGGGAAGAGAGCAAAACCAUCUUUGGCUCUUCCUGAUGAACUAUGCCGUCAAUUUUCACUGGCUGAGAUGAAGAUAGCCACCAAUAACUUCGACGAUAAAUUAUUCAUUGGUCAGGGUGGUUAUGCGAAAGUAUACAAGGGGUUGUUAAUUGAUGACUGUAGCUGUACUAUAGACGUUGCAAUAAAGUGUGUAACGUAAGACAGGUUAAGGACCGAGGUGCCGUUGGCUUGCCAGCUACACCACCCUAACCACGUCCCUCUCAUUGGAUAUUGUCUCGAUGAUCAACAGAUGAUCCUAGUCUACGAGUUCAUGGUAAAUGGAAACCUCGGCGACCACGUCUACGGCAGUACUAACCACCAUGAUCCCCUCCCGUGGAAACAAAGGCUCCAGAUUUGCAUUGAAGUGGCGCGUGGACUGCACUACCUUCACACUGGGCUGAAGCAUACCAUCAUCCACCGUAACGUGAAGCCGAGCAACAUUCUUCUGGACGAGAAAUUGGAGGCCAAGUUUGGAGAUUUGGGGUUGUGCAAGUUGGGUCCCUCGAGUUUGUCAAAGGCUUUAAUUAAAAUUGAAUCAGAGGUAGUGGGUACUUACGGAUACGCUGAUCCUGGGUAUGUGGCGACCGGAGAAUUGACUGAUAAAUCUGAUGUCUACUCUUUUGGUGUGGUAUUGUUGGAAGUACUCAGCGGCAGGAAAGCAUUCCAACGAUUGGGAGUGGAAGAACAGCCGUAUCUGGUUAAUUGGGCCCGAAAAUGCAAAGGAGAAGGGACCAUCAAUAAGAUUAUUGAUCCGUAUCUGAUAGGGAAGAUAGCUCCAGAGUGUUUCAAAAUAUACGUCGACAUUGCGACAUCUUGCGUGCGAAAUGAGGGAAAGGAUCGUCCCACAAUUGGUGAAGUGGAGGCAGGCCUUGAACAUUCUCUGCGGCUACAACAGAGCGCAGAUGCUGAGAGAAAGGAUGGUGUGGAUCAACAUAAUUAUACCAUUGUUGAAUAUAUUUCUGGUACUGCGUCUCCUGAGGAAUCUUUUGCAGAUAUAUAUAGCACGAACACAUGAGCUAAAUUUUCCUUGGACACCAACAUGGAAAUAGGGACGCUCCAAGUAACCAAAAUGAGAGCAUAGUGGCUGAGCACUGCUUUAGGAACAAAACUGAGCUGUUUGCCAUGGUAUGGAGGUAUUUUUUUGAGGGUGUGCUCUGGUUUUGGGAAAUAGAUCUGAAUUUAGUUUUGUUAUAUACUUAUAUUUUUUAUGUUGAAUUGUAGUUUGAAGUUUUCACGGCGAUGGAUGCUACACAGUUUUCAUUGAUUGAUAUGCAUGACUUUCUUUGUAUUUUGUAAGCCUGAAUUAACAACGACAACAAUCUCAACAUUGUAAAGUACUACUGUUUUUUGUAAAACUUAAUGGGAUAACUAGGAGAAGGUUGGUCAGUCUUA